AUGACCCCAAAAAGGCAAGUAACUGACGAUGACGAAGACGACGACGACGAUGUCUUGCCAUGCGCCACAGGAUGCGUCUGCGUUUGCGCCAGUGUCUGGAUUCUGCGUCUGAAUCUUUGGGCUCGAGGUGUGAAAAAUGGCUACACUUUUAAAACGCAUCAGACCGCCCAGCAAUUCGCAUUACAAGAGCCAACUCACAAUCAUACUCGCAUACAUCCUCACAUUUCACAAUCCCAAUCCACAAACUCCACAGACUCCAGCAUGACCCACAAAACGAAACGGGAUUGGGAUAUCAACGAUGCGAUUGUGCCUCAAGUAGGUGACUUGGAAUUCGAUGAGUUCAACGAAUGGAGCGAUGGACAUGUGCGGCACAUUUACUCAUUGCACAAUGAGGAGGCCAAGAAGCAUAUAUCCGGCUGGGCCAUGCGAAAUACUAAUAAUCAUAAUGUGAAUAUUCUUAAGAAAAGUUGUCUGGGUGUGUUGAUCUGCUCGCAGCAUUGCACGAUGCCAAGUGGAGCGAAAAUCAAUUUGCGACCAGCAAUUUGCGAUAAGGCACGCCGCAAACAGGAGGGCAGAGCGUGUCCCAAUAAGAAUUGUCGGGGCGGACGCUUAGAGAUCAAACCUUGUCGUGGCCAUUGCGGCUAUCCUGUGACCCAUUUCUGGCGACACUCGGGGAAUGCAAUAUUCUUUCAGGCCAAAGGUGUACACGAUCAUCUCAGACCAGAUCCCAAAAAUUCCAGCGUUUCGAAACGAGCAUUCGGUAGAGUUUCAUUGACAGGCAAAUCAACUGCAACAGGCAAUGUGAGAGGAUCGGCAGGAAGUGGUACCAAAAAAUCAGUUAUUGCAGGGUUGGUGAAGCAGGUGAAGCAACAACAGAACCUAAUGGGAAAAUCUCUUAAACGUACAACAUCAAGCAAUCCAUUAAAUCAUUCUGCCCUGGAGAUAUACCAAUUUAAUGCAUGUGGCAAAUGUACUUAUAGUCACUGUACGUGCAGCUAUCUAGAGGACACAACCCGCAACCAUCAUCAUCAUCAUCAACUAGGCCAAACUUCCAAUUCGUAUGUGACAGCGAACUCUUGGCCAGGUGAAUCCACAGUGAUACCCUGUGAAACGCCAGCGAAUGUGUUUACAGUGAAUCAUCAGCAUAUAACAUACAACUAUCCGAUCUAUCAUCAUGCCACACCAACAGCAGCCACAGCCGCACCAAGUAAAUCCCCCAGUUUACCCUAUGCUUGCAUCUCGGAAUUAUCCGCCUAUCAGCCAGGACUAAGUCAACAUCAAACAACUUCAUCUACAGGUGGAGUAGGAGGAAAUAGUGGUGGAGGAGGAGGAGGCUAUAAUAAUGCCAUUACAAAUCAGUGUCACACUAAUUCUGUGAUUUCCUACGAGUCCAGUUCUCAAUUGGCCACACCGGAACCGGAAUUUAUCAACUACUCACAGAUCAAGCAUCUGAGUCAUGAGACCCAAAGUUGUAAAAGUGAAUUGCCACCCACCAUCAAGUAUAAUGCCACAGUGGAAACUCAACCGGUGUCAUCGUAUAUGGAAGAUAACUAUGAUUAUUAUUAUAAUCGGGAAUCGAAAUCGGACUAUGAUCUGCAUCAGCAAUUCAAUUCGGCGAACAACACGAGUUUACCCUCCUCCACUGGUCAUUACUAUGAGAGUGCAAAUGGUUAUAAUGGUGUUAGCUACUUCGAUACAGGAACUACAGCUUCACCCGGUCAUAGUCAGAGUGUUCAGACGCAACUCGAUCAUGGAGGCGGCAGUUAUGGCAGCUAUUAUGAUCAUUAUGCCAACUAUGAACAGCAAAUGGCUGCGGCUAGCAGCUUUGCCAGUCCAGCACCACCCCCACCACCGCCCACACUCACAUAUCAUCAUCAUCACCAUCAUCAUUUGCAUCAAGCAACGGCAGCCACAUCGUCAGUCACGCAAUAGUACUUAACGAAGAGGACCUGGCUGGAGGAACAUUAUUACUCAUAGUUUUUAAUAUCUGGAAAUCUUAAUUUCAUAUU